CUCUUUCCUGUCCCCACUUUUCCCCUACGUCAACUCUGCAAGAGCAGCAGAAUCAUCAUGUCGAAGCCAACUCAUGGACGUGGAACGGCCGCCGAGCAGGGCGCGGCAAUUCGGGAAAAGUUCGAGGCUGAACGAAAAGAACGCGAGGCUGCUCAGGAGAAGCGCAGGUCGGCUCGCCAAUCGCAGGUCGGCUCGCAGCGUGGGAAAGCCGGCGGCGAGAGCGAACGUUCAUCGAAGAGGUCUUCGACCACCCAGAAGAAACCCAAGCGGGACUCGACGAGAAGCACGCACGAUGUCGUUGCAGCGAGUAAAAGGGAGACGGAUCAAGGUCAAGCCAAGGUGGAGGAAAAGGAAAAGGCAAAGAAGCAGGCUCCAGUUGCGGACCAGAAUGGUACGACAUCGCCUCCUCAGAGCGAGGUUUUGAUGGCGAGCGCUACGGAUGCACGAGCAAGUGAGACGGAGAGAACCGCGACAGCGAAGAGCGAAAGCAAAGAGGCCGAAGAUGGUGCAACAACAAAAGCCGCUGCUGCGACAGCAACGGGUGCUGCUGCAGGAGCUGGAGUAGGCGCGGCUGCCGUUCACAGCGACCAAACGCAGCAGAUGCUCGACAGGAAAGGACGAAUGUAUCCUGUUACGGGCAUCGACAACCUGGCGCUGCUGAUGGAAAAUGACACAUAUCAGACAACGUGCUUCUCCAUCUACCUCUUCAAGACCGAGCUCGAUUCGGAGACGCUCACCUCCUUCUUUGAACACUUGGCCGACUCUUACCCAAAGUACCGCUACAAAGUCGAGCUGUCACCAUCGGAGGCUGCCAAAAAGGAGAAGGCACACAAGAAGGGUGAGGCCGAGAAGAAGCCAACGGAAGCGGACCAGCAGGGUCGCAGAACAAGGUACACAAAGACAAUCAAGGCUGGUGGCUGGUUCAGGCCGGCUCGUUGGCGCUUUGCCGAUGGCUUCGACGUUCGUGACAACAUUGUCGAGCUCGACGAGAACCCAAAGGGCUCCGGCGACAAGGCUCUCUUCGACCUGGCUGGCCAAUUCCUCAGCGAGCACUUUGACUACUCGAGGCCGCUGUGGAAGGCUCUCUGCGUCCGAGGGUUGGACACGAGCGAAGGCGCAAAGAGCGCGCUCAUGAUCAAGGUGCAUCACUGUGUCAGCGAUGGCCAGGGCAUGAUCAUGAGCUACCACGCGGCACUGGGUGCCAUGGACUCUGGCAAGAGCAUCGAGGAGAUCCAGCGCGGUGUUGACCGCAAGACGGGGUCGGGCGAGCAGAAGAAGCCUGGACAACGGAACAUCAAGCCCACGCUCUGGGGUACCACCAAACACUUUUGGCACACAGGCCGAGGACUCUACUUCAGCCCCAGAAAGGCCUUCGACUACCCGAAGUCAUCUUCGAGCCCUACAAAGAAUGGCAGAGUUAAAGAUCGCCUCUACUGCCACAGUGACGGUAUUCCCAUGGCAGACAUCAAGGCUAUCCGAGAAGCCUACUCGACGGACAAAAUGAAGCUCUCGCUCAAUGAUGUCGCCUGCGCCGUCCUUUCUCGUGCGCUCCGCAUCGCCGCCGAGCGAACCGCCUCUGGCCCAGUCAAGGACAAGCGCGUCGCCAUCUUUGUCCCAAUCAGCGUCCGCCCGCAGGGCAAUUGGGAGCUGGCCAACUUUACGACGGGCGCCAUUGCCUGGUUCCGCUUCCAUGAUCCUGCCACAACCUCGUUUGAGACGCAGCUGCAGCAGGUUAACCGCGAGAUGAACAGGAUCAAGCGAUCCUACUGGCCUCGAUGGUGGUACCAGUCGUUUGGCCUUGUCUCCAGGAAUCGCGCUUGGUUCGUCCCCAAUUACCCCGUGGGCAGGUCGUUUUUCGAGACGACCUACCGCGAGUACCACGUCGCGACCAACGUGCCCGGUCCAGCCAAGGAGGUCUCCUUUGGACAGCACCAGGCCUACAGUUACCAUGUACUUCCUCCCUCGAGCCCGGGCAAGUCGAGCCUGUCCAUCGGCAUGAUCUCGUACGCAAACGACUUCAGCCUCGCCGUUUCCUGCGACGACGCGGCGUCUCUCAGGGACAAGCGCUUGCCUCAGGAGAUCUGCACCGCAUUCCAGGAUGCCGCACAGGAGCUCAUCGCUGCUGCCAAGAAGAAGACGGCCGGUGGAGGUCACAGCGCCGACCAAGCUGAGAAAGAAAAGGAGAAGGAGAAGUAGCCUUCCGUCCAAUCACACCACUCUUUGAUACCACAACUUCAGAACUAAGUACUCUACUUCCACACUUUCUUCGUGAUAAUCCACACACUCCUUACCCACAGAGACCUCUAAUCAAAUGCUGCUUGCCCACAGAGAGAGAAGGAUGAGAUGAUGUUGUUACAUUGCAAGGGAGAAAUAUGGAGAGCGG